UUCCAAUUUAAUCCAGUUUUUAGAAUAUUUAUAUAAACUUUGUCUUAGUUAAGUAGAUUUACAAUUUUUUAUUACAUAAUUUUAUUUUAUGUAUAAUUGUAGUUAUAUAUUGAUAUUUAGAGAUAUUUUAAACACGAUAUCAAUGUAUUGACCAUGACCUCAAGAAUAGCAUCUAAGUUUUUGUUUGCGACACCGAUAUUUUGUAAAAUAAAAUUCACAAAUAUUAUCUUAUAUUUUUGACGAUUUAAUCCAAAUCCUGGUCCCCUUCCGGCAUAUAAUGGUCCAAAAGACGUUUUGAAUUUACACCGACAGCAUCGUAUCGAGCAAAUAUGCAGAAUCAGGAAGGAGGAGGCUUCAGUGUUUCAGACCUGACACUAGAGGAACAAGAGCUUCUAGAAGACAUCAGGCGUAGGAAACUUCAAUUACUCGAAGAAAUCCAGCAACUCAAGGAUGAGAUCCUGGAGGUGACAGGGGAAAUAGAUGGGAUGGAUGUCUCAUCAGAAAAAAAUAACCCCAAGACAAAGCAAAUGUCCAUUGGCCGCAAAAAGUUCAAUAUGGACCCCAAAAAGGGGAUUGAAUACUUGUUGGACCAUGGCUUGCUACAGAGUACUCCAGAUGAUGUGGCUCAGUUCCUCUACAAAGGAGAGGGCCUCAACAAGACAGCGAUUGGAGAUUACUUGGGGGAAAGGAAUGACUUCAACAUAGAGGUGCUGAAUUCAUUUGUGAAUCUUCAUGAGUUCUCAGAUAUGAUCCUGGUGCAGGCACUCAGGCAGUUUCUGUGGAGCUUUAGGCUUCCUGGUGAGGCACAGAAGAUUGACAGAAUGAUGGAAGCUUUUGCCAAACGUUAUUGUGACCUCAACAUAGGAGUCUUCAACACCACAGAUACCUGUUAUGUGCUAUCAUUUGCCAUUAUAAUGCUGAACACAAGUCUUCAUAAUCCAUCAGUCAAAGACAAGCCAAGUGUCGAGAGAUUCAUUGCAAUGAAUCGUGGGAUCAAUGAUGGUGGAGAUCUACCUCCUGAGCUAUUGACUAGCUUAUAUGACAGUAUCAAGAAAGAGCCAUUCAAGAUUCCAGAGGAUGAUGGCAAUGAUUUGAUGCACACAUUUUUCAACCCCGACAAGGAGGGUUGGUUAUGGAAACGAGGGGCAUCGAAAUUAAGUGGCAGAUAUAAGAACUGGAAGAGACGCUGGUUCAUCCUUAAUGAUAACUGUCUUUACUACUUCGAGUUCACAACAGACAAGGAACCCAAGGGAAUUAUACCUCUUGAGAAUAUUGGGAUCAGAGAUGUGGAGGACAACAAGAAACAGCACUGCUUUGAACUCUACUCCACUACAAAUGAAAUCAUUAAGGCAUGUAAGACAGACACAGAUGGCAAAGUCAUUGAAGGUCAUCAUAUGGUGUAUAGAAUGUCUGCUGCUACUUAUGAUGACAAGCAGGAUUGGGUGAAAUGUAUUAAGGCCAGUAUAAGUGAGCAUCCAUUCUAUCACAUGUUAGCUACACGACGGAAGAAGGCAACUCACCAUAGCACCUAGAUGUACUGAUCAACAUUUAUUAUGUGGAGACUAGUAGAUCAACAUCAAAAAACAGGACACCUGUCUGGGACUAGUCAAUCAACAUCAAUAGAUAUGAGACUAGUUGAUCAACAUUAUUCCAUAUGCAUUUAGGUUGCGUCAACAUCGGUUCAUACUGCAAAAAAUAUAUGAAUUAUGCCAAACAUUUUAUGGAUUUGCAUAACCAAGCAUUAUUAUGUAUUUCAAAGCACCUGAAUGCACAUCCCAAAACAAAAAGGAGCAUUUAUACAUUAUUUGAAUACAGUUAUCAGAGAGUGCACAUGGAUUGUACCCAGUUAUAAUGCAAAAUUAUUGAUGAAGUCAGAUGUAGCAAAUUGUA